GCGCGCGGUGGGGGGGGGGAAUAGCGCGCGAGCCCCGUCGCUAAUUCCCGCCCGGCGCAGGCUAAUAGGCUCCCUCGAAGGUGGCGGGAGCGCGAGGGGGGCGACGACGACGACGACGACGACGCCGAGUAGCCGGGCUGAGGCGCUCGUCGCUGGCUGCCCAACUUGGAUGAUGACCAUGACUACGAUGGCUGACGGGCUGGAGGCGCCGGACUCGUCCAAAUCCGCCUUCAUGGAGUUCGGGCAGCAGCAGCAGCAGCAGCCGCCUCCGCCUCCGGCGCCUCAGCAGCCGCCUCAGCCGCCACCGCCUCAGCCGCCGCCUCCUCCAGGGGCUCAGCAGCAGCAGAGCUCGCCGGCGGCGGCCAUGGCGGGCGCGCACUACCCGCUGCACUGCCUGCACUCGGCGGCGCCCGCCUCGCACUCGCACCCGCACCACCAGCACCCGCACCACCAUCACCACCACCACCACCACCACGCCGCGCCCUACCCAACCGGCCCCGCCGCCGCCGCCGCCAACUCGUACAGCCACCGCUCGCUGGCCGCCGCAGCCGCCGCCGCCGCAGCCUACCCCUACGUGAGCCACGCGCAGCACAGCCCCUACCUGCAGCCCUACCACGCCGGCGGCGGCGGAGGAGGAGGCGGAGGAGGAGGAGGCGCGGGCGGGACGGCGAGGCCGGACGACGCAGAUCAACAGAAAACCACAGUUAUCGAGAACGGGGAGAUAAGAUUUAAUGGGAAAGGGAAGAAGAUCCGGAAGCCUCGAACCAUUUACUCGAGUCUCCAGCUGCAGGCUUUAAACCACCGCUUCCAGCAGACCCAGUACCUGGCGCUUCCCGAGAGAGCAGAGCUGGCAGCAUCAUUAGGACUAACUCAGACACAGGUGAAGAUCUGGUUCCAGAACAAGCGCUCCAAGUUCAAGAAACUGCUCAAACAAGGCGGCAACCCUCACGAGAGCGACCCCCUGCCGGGCUCUGCCACCCUGUCUCCGCGGUCUCCAGGUUUGCCUCCUGUCUGGGACGUUUCAGCCUCUGCCAAAGGAGUCAACAUGCCUCCCAAUAGCUACAUGCCUGGUUAUUCUCACUGGUACUCUUCUCCACAUCAAGACACAAUGCAGAGACCACAAAUGAUGUGAACGGGGCCAAGAGAAACAGCUCGCCGGAGGAGCCGCUGUCUCCAGCGCGGCCUUGCCAAGCUGGGCGGGGGUGGGGGGGAGCAGCGCAGCUCGCGGGGCUCUGGGUGAAUCUGGAGUGUGUGGCAAAGGAAGACAGAUUUGGGGCGGCUUCGCCUUCGCCUUCUCUUUAAACCUCAGCGAUUGAUCUUGAGCAGAAAGAGACCAUUUGCGUCCUGGCCCACGUCAGAUGCUCCUCUUUGGGAUAUUUCCUUUGGGACUCGGAGGCACCAAACCUCUCUGGGAGUACAAGUCGAAAAGCAAAAAUUUUUUACAGACUUUUCCCACCAAGUCCACGCAGCAACUUUAAAACAACAGCACAAAACAAAAAUAACAAAACUUAUUCAAUGAAAAAGAAGCGAUCCUAUUUUUAUUCACUAAACCGAGAUUGACAACAACAA